CUUCUUUCAAACGUUAUUUGGGGAAAUUGUAACAGUUUGUACUUAAAGUGGAGAACAAAAAUGAAUCUUUUAAUUCGCGGUGGAUUCGGACUACAGAUCCAGUUUUCCUUUCUAUUGGCUAUUAUUUUUGCCUGUUCACUGGCCGAUGUUUAGUUAUCUGAUAAAGCAGUGGACGCGGCAGCUGGAGAGUAUAACUAUGACAACCAGGGUGAUGACUGGACGGGAAAGUGUAGAGAUGGUAGACAACAAUCGCCCAUUGAUUUAGAUGACAAAAAUGUGAUGGAGAAACAUCUACCUAGCUUACACUUUGAAUUUUACGAUAACCAACUGAUGUCGCCGUUAACGGUGGUAAACAACGGUCACACAGUAAACAUCGAUUUGCCGCGCUCUGCACUUGUCCCACAAAUCACUGGUGGACUGAUGUGGGAAAAAUUUGAACCAAAAAGCAUUCACUUUCAUUGGGGUUCCCCCAAUAGCAAGGGCUCGGAGCAUACCAUCAAUAAUGAACGCUAUGAUGCUGAAAUUCACAUUGUUCACAAAAAUGUGCGGUAUUUCGAUUUGAGUGUGGGCGAAGCCAGUAAAUUCCCAGAUGGACUUGCCGUUCUGGCACUCAUGAUUCAAGCAGUUCCUGUAUCUAAACGAACAGACAACCCGCUCUUUAAGAUUUUUGAUGUAUUGCCUCAAAUUAUCCCAAAUCAAUCUAAUGCAACGAUCAAGGGCGAAUUUUCUUUGCAACAGUUUCUGGAUCAGGUUGAGAAUAAAGACUUUUACACAUAUAAAGGCUCGUUGACCACUCCAAUGUGUGCUGAAUCAGUCACCUGGACGGUGUUUAAAGACGUCGUUCAUUUCCCGCAAAAAGAGAUGAGCAAACUUUGGAGUUUGCGGGACUCACGGGGUCGUCCAUUGAUCAACAACUACCGCAAGAGUCAGAACAUAAACUACAGAGAUGUUUACUUCAAACAUGCACCCGUAUACAGGGGCCCAUGAGGAUUUACGCUUUCAAAUUUUGGACCGCAUUUUAUCGGAUGACCUUAGUCCGUGUGAUUGAGUGGUAAAGACUUCAAAGAAAUUUGUUAUUCACGAAUCGUUACAACUUAUCUUUUACUCUUCCUUAUUAAUCUUCUCUGACAUUUAAGCUAUUUAAUGCCUUGAAUUGUCUAAGCGUAUUUUGAUUAUAAAAUGAAAUUAAAGUUUUCCUAGUCUAAAAUAUUUAGGUGCUACCUCUGAAUUUGUAUUUAGUCUAGUCUGCAAUAUACUGAAAAUUUUUUCCGUUGACUUUCA